CUCGAGGUGGUCGCAAAACCAUUCCACAUUUCCCAUUUUCCGCUACUUCUUAUAGCUUCUCUCUUUUGUUGAUCGGUCGUUAGAAAAACGGUGCGUGUAUUUUCGUUAGUGUGAGUGCGUGGGAGUGCGCGCGGAAAAUCUUUAAGCUGGGUGGCGACUAAGUUUCCCGCCCUUAAGUUUUGUGUUUUCAAGAUCGCCUCGCCAUUCAAUGACCGCAUAUAUCACAUUGACGGAGAAGGAUCGUUCACGACGCGGUGUGGCGUUAAAAUUUUCCUUUUAGUUCCUGUGUGCGUCGCGACGCCCAGCCACCAACAACCAUUAGCGAUGUGUAGUAAAUAAAUUCACGCGUGGCGCCUCAUCCUCUGGCCUAGUGCCCAGUCUUUUGGCAGCGAAUACUUAUUUUUGUUUUGAUGCGUGCGGUAGAUUAGUUUUCGGUUUCGUUUUCCACUUUCCACCAUUAACGAAUGGUGUGGUUGGAUGAAUCAAGUUUGAGACGCAUCGCGAUCGAGAUCAGCGGGUAAGCAGCUGAUCAUUUUUCCUGAGAGGGAAAUUCACAUCCGAUAGGAAAUAAUCACAACUGAAGUGAAAUUGCGGAAACUGAACGUAGCCAAAUUUGUUCAACUGGGCGGAAACGAGAUAGUUUAAGUUGAACGUUCGUUUAUAAAUAUCAAUCAUCCGGUUCGAAAUGAAGAUUGGUGUUCUUACGAUCUGAAGAAUAAAUUCUUUGAAAAUUAAGUGCAAAAGUAUAAACUACUGUGGAAAAUUGCAACAAAGUGUAUUAAAACAGAAACCAUAUGUUCUCUGUUCAGAAAAGUCAAAACCCAAAAUAACAAGUGUUCGAGUGAAAAUAUUUGUGCAAAAUAAAUUUAAAAAAAAAGUAGAAGAAAAUUUAUGACCAAGUUGACCGAAUCGUUGUUGUCCUAAGAAACAAAAUAGUACCACAUCAAGAGCACAAACCCAGAGAGAGAAUCGGGCCAGAGGAAUAAAAUCCCUUGAAUGAAGCAAAAACAACCGCGAAAUUCGUAUUGCAAUUCUGGCAAUUCGCAACGGUCAAGUGCCGUGAAGUAAGAAGUGACCUUCCUGGGCGUCUACUGCAGCCGAAUUCAUCUUCUGUGAAAAAACGGGGUUUUUGUACCCCCCUGAACUUCCGUCCAGCUUCCAACCAUGAUCAAGGUCGACGAAAACUAUCCGGUGCAUGACAUCGCGCCGGCCUUCCCGUACAGGAAUGUCCAGCUCAAGCAGGAAGUGGACCCGCGGCAGCAGUUCGACAUCCUGCCGGAACUGGGCCGGGGCACUUUCGGAACGGUGUUUCUGUGCCGGGAACGGAACACUAAUCUGCAGCUGGCGGCCAAAAUCGUCCCGUACAAGAAGAAGAAAGACCGAGCCGACGCCAUCCAGGAGAUCGACAUCAUGAGCUGUCUGCAUCAUCCACGGCUCAUUCAGCUGUACGACGCGUUCGAUUACGAGAACAAAAUAUAUGUGAUAUUAGAGCUAGUUCAAGGUGGAGAGUUGUUUGAGCGAGUUAUAGACGAUGACUUUGUGCUGACCGAGAAAGCGUGCGCCGUCUUCAUGAGACAGAUCUGCGAGGGAAUGGAGUAUAUUCAUAGCCAGAAUAUCAUUCAUCUGGACAUGAAGCCAGAAAACAUAUUGUGCCUAACGAAAACCGGUAAUCGGAUAAAAAUAAUCGAUUUCGGAUUUGCCAGACGAUAUGACCGGAAUAAAAAAUUACAAGUAAUGUUUGGAACGGCUGAAUUUUCUGCCCCCGAAGUACUGAAUUUUGAUGAAAUUUAUUUCUACACGGAUAUGUGGAGUCUCGGAGUGAUUUGUUACGUAUUAUUAUCGGGCCUGUCUCCGUUUGUGGGCUCCUCCGAUAUGGCCACCAUGAACAACGUCCUGGCCGGGCAGUUCUCGUUCAAGUACAGCUCCUUCGAUGCGGUCUCCGAGGAUGCCAAGGAUUUCGUCCGGCAGCUGCUGGUCCGGGACGGAACCAAACGGCUAACGGCCAAACAGGCCCUCCAGCACAAAUGGCUCGCCGAGACGACGGCCCACGACGGCACGACCGAAUUGUCUAUAACAAAAACAAAAUUGAAACGUUAUGUUAUUAAGAAACGGUGGAUCAAGGCGGUCAAUGCGAUCAUUGCCCUAAGGCGGAUGGGGGCUCAGAUCGAUUUCGAUCUGAUCUAAAUACGUAUGUAGAGCCAUUUGGGGGUAGGUUUUCUUCUACAGGAACAGGAAAUCGGAACCGGAAGGUCUGCCGCCUCAGAACUCAUACCGGAUACACGAGGUACGUUAGCAACCGAAACGCUUGGUCAACGUUUAGUAAUAAUAGUUAAUGGUGAAAAAACGGUUUCGUUAGGAAAAACACUAGCCUAGAUUUAGAUUAAGAUGGAGCGUUUGUUUUACUUUUUGGUCAGCUUUAUUCUAAACCUGUCAAAAUUCAAAUUAGUUCGAGAAACUAUCCAAUGCAUUUCCGUUAAUCCUUUUGUUUCUUAUGCUAACGCAAAUUAUUAGUUAAUUAAGUAUCAUUAAACAUCACUUUUGUAUUAAUUUUCUCUGAAAUACAUCUUUAAGUUACGUUUAUUUAAAUUCUUUUUAUUUAGUAAAUUUUUUAGAAUGUAUUUUUUUUAUAGAAUAAUCAAAGUCGCGUGGAGAGUGGAGGAAAGCUCGAGGUCAUUUGAGUAUUGCGAUCCAAAAUUGUUUUAUUACUUUAUAAAAGAUUAGGGGAAAAUGAGGAUACUUGAUUCCUUGGCUAUAUUUUGAAACUGGAAUGACUUACCAGGAUCAAAUGUUCUAGAAAAAUGUGCUAAAUGGAGCAGAACAACUAUGCUAUAAGCUCAAAAAAAUUUAACAAAAUAAUUUUUUGAGUUAUUGAACUUUGUUUGAAAAAUUUCACAAAAUGCGACUUGAAGAUCUAUUUCUUAUCACUUUAACAUGUUACAUGAAAAAAUUAAAGCAAAAAAAAUAUAUUUCAAUACAUAAAUCGUUAGAGUGUAAUAUGAACUUCAUAAUACCAUAUUUUCGAAACAAACAAACAAACUCUAUCAUUUUUCAGAUAAAGUUUUCUAAAUGUUCAUUAUUGGUUCAAUUGAUCCCUAUAGUUCAAAAAGGUAUUUUUUUCUUCUCAAUAUAUCGUGAUCAUUGCUGAUUACAAGAUUACGAUAACUUAUCCAAUAACUGAUAUUUACACAAUAAUUUUCUGGAAAAAGUGCUAAAAAGAUGAUUUUCUUGAAUUUAAAAAAAUAGCGCCUUUAAGUAUGCAAUGUCACUAGGGUUGAGACAUAGUUUUGGAAUUUUCUUCUUCUGACAUUUAUAAAUUAUGAAAUGAAAAAAAAACCAUGACCAAAAUAGUCAAUUGACAUUCUUUAUUGAAAUUUUGUUUGAUUUUUUCCAAGGACUAGGGCCCCCGGAAUGAAGGAUCAAGUCUCCUUCAAUAAAGGAUCAAGUCUUCCUUAACUUCAUUUUUUUUUUACUUCCACGAACAUGCUUCUAGUUCAUCUAUCGGUCCAUCUAUCGUUCCAACUUGUGGAGCAUAUAAACUUGAAAUUACACGAUGUCAGGAAAUGCAAAAGAUGACGAGAUGCUAAAUUUUUCCCAAAAUAUAUGAUAAAAUAAGAAAAGGGGAUCAAGUAUCCCCAUUCUUCCCUAUAUGUGUAAAGAGGGUCGAACAUUCAGUCGAAGGUUGUCAAGCCGAAGAAUGGUGGGCAGUAUUUCACUAGAACACUAAUAAAAAUGUUCGGUUAGGGCAGAAUUUAAGAUAAUUCAAACGCAAAGUAUAUCCCGAGCAACAGUUUUAACUCUUAAAGCUGUUCGAAGUCAUUGUUUUUACAAAAGACUACAGCUACGAAACCUAAAUAAAGAUAUUAUCAGGCCUGGGAGAAGUACCGUUCCAUGGUAGAUUCAAAAUUAGAAUUUAGCUAGGAAUAAUAACAAUACCAAAAAGGCACAAUAAAGUAAUUUGACUCUUAAAUACAUUUUCCUACCAAAAAUCAAGAACUCAAAAAAUAAUAAAUUUAUUCUAAAUUACUUAAUCAGAAUCAAACUUUCGAAUCGAUGCUUAGUCAUAACUAACUCUAACUGAUGUUUCUUGUUCUGAAUUAGAAGCUUGAUGAAAAAUAAAUUUUAAGUAGUCUUAUUUAUCUACUAGCCUAAUAAUCUAAUGUGAAAUUAAUAUUCUGAAUUACGAAUUAUAUACAUAAAUAGAUAU